AACAAAGUCUGCUAUUCAAACACUUCUCAAAAAUCUUCCCAAAUACAUUGAUAUUUGAAAUAGGUCUAUAAUUGAACAUAUUGUCUUUACUUCCAGAUUUAAAUAUUGGUGUCGCUAUGCUUUCUUUAAAUUGGCGAGGAUUUGAAACAGAGGUUGAUAAUAUUACAAACUAUUCGCUGUAACUCUAUGUUAUCCACAGGAGUUAGAAACAUAUAGUGAGCAAUGCUGACGACAUGAAGAUCAAGAAUUGAGUUUUGAUCAAUCUGACUUGUUAUUUGCUCACCUAUAUCAACAAAAUAUUUAUUAAAAACACAGGCUAUAUCAGUGGGAGCAUCCAGCUGCUGAUUAUUGUGAUUUUACGUCAUUUAUUAAAUUUUGCCAGCAUAAGUUACCUCAUUAAU